CCUGCCGGCGCUGAGUCUUACCAUGUGGUUUCGAGAUGCCUCCGAGUCCCGUGGAAGGCUGGCAUCGGACUGGGGGGGCUCUGCCUUCCUGCUGUUGCUCCUGCUGCUGAGCUUUGGUAUUGCCCGCAGAGGCGGGCUGGCACUGAGCUGCCCCAAGGACUGCGUGUGCGCCAGCAACAUCAUCAGCUGCUCGAACGCCGACUUGAAAGGCUUGCCUUUGCAUUUCCCCCCCUAUGCGGCUGUCUUGGACUUGAGCCACAACAACCUGACCCAUGUGCGAGCGGAGUGGGCCCCUGCCAUGCUCCCUCAUCUCCACUCUCUGCUCCUCAACCACAACCACCUGAUCUUCAUCUCCACUGAGGCCUUCAACAACCUCCCUCAUCUGAAGUACUUGGACCUCUCUUCUAAUUUAAUUGCUUCUCUAGGAGAGAACCUCUUUAGUAAGCUGAAGGAGCUGGAAGUGCUCCUUCUCUACAAGAACAGGCUCUCCAAGAUUGACCUCACUGCUUUUGAGGAGAUGGCCAGCCUCCAGAAAUUGUACCUGAGCCAUAAUAUGAUCACUCGCUUCCCCCUUGAGCUGGUGAAAAAAGAUGGAGCUUUGCUUCCGGAGCUUGAAUUGCUGGACGUCUCUAGCAACAAAAUCAAGACCUUUAAUGUGGAUGCCAUGAAAGACCUUCCAGCCUGGGUGAAGAAUGGACUUUACAUGCACAGCAACCCCCUGACCUGCAGCUGUCCGCUCUACAACCUCUUCAGUCACUGGCAGAUGCGGCAGCUGAGCUCAGCUGUGGACUUUGAAGAGGAGCUCAGAUGUGAUCUAGAUCUGAGCAGGAAAGGGAUCAGAAUCUUAAGCCUCAGCAACCCAGAGUUUCUGAACUGCACCAAAGUCAAGGAGCAGUCUUUCACAGCCUACCGAGGGGAAAAUGUGACCAUCAAUUGUGACACCAGGCAGAGAGAGGUAACUAUCAGAGAGUGGGUGACACCCAGAUUUGAGCGGGUACCUCAGGAGAAUAACAAUAGCUCUAUGCUUGUGCUGACCAAUGGAAGUCUGCAGAUAAGCAAUAUUGGUGUGGAGGACGUGGGCCCAUAUAUCUGCUAUGCGGUAAGCCAGGUGUUCAAUGAGACCCUCUAUGUGCAUGUGACAGUCCAUAACUUUACCCAGCAUGGGGCCUCCGACACACUCAACACUGCCUACACCACACUUGUUGGCUGCAUCUUGAGUGUCAUCCUCGUGCUCAUCUACCUUUACCUGACCCCAUGCCGUUGCUGGUGCCGUAGCAGUGAGAAACAGGCCAGCCAACAAGAAGACAGCAUCAAUUCCUCAAUGCUCAGCACCACUCCUAACCACAAUGCUGAGGUGGCUGGAGGCAAAGAAGUAUUAAAUCGCCACAUGAUGCCAAGUAAUGCACAAGGUCAGAAUGGCAAAUGCAAGCCCAACAGCUCCCCCACAGAGGCAACUAAAGGGUUCCAGAAGGCAGAGAGGAAAAUGUCGGAUCCAGACUCUGUCAGCUCAGUCUUCUCAGAUACUCCCAUUGUGGGAGUUUCACAGAGUGAAGGAGGGAGAGGGUGUAGCAGAGAUAAGGCAGGAGCUGAAUUAGUGGGAUUGCUGUGACUGUGGAAGAGAAGAGUAGGAACACAUAAAAUAGCCUGGUAUGCUACUGGUUUCCAAUCUCCCGCAAUCUGUAAAAGCAUUGUUUUUAUCUUCCCUCCUUUCAAGCCUGCCACCCUGUGUUGAGAGUCUAGUGCCCCAGUUUGCUCUUGAAGCACAACAGUACCUGAGCCCUACAGUUUUGGAAUGAUAGUAUUUUUCAGUUCCCCAUUGUCGGAACUUUGCAGACAUCCCACUGCAAAAAGGAGUUGCACAAUGCUAAUGGUUCAGUGGCCUAACUAGGUUUCCUGUUUACUCUUUCUGCAUUUGCAGACCACCUUGAUUUGACUGUCCUUCCAAACACCUGGGUAGGUAUGAAUUCCAGAAGAGCAGCCCUGUUGCAGCAGAAGUU